AUGCUCCCGAGACAAUAUUCUUUUCCCUUAUGGACGGCAGUAAAAGACUACUGCUCACGUUCAUUCUCCGUCGUAGUGCAUCUACUGGUGCGGGCUGGCCCUGCCCACUCCAUUCGCACCGAGAAGCCAUUCGUUGCUGCCAUCAACGCCUCUACUCCAACCUGCAACUGCAAUACGCAGCACACACCGCGCCAGCAACAACACGGCCUAGAGACAGUGGGCAAAGGCGCCUCAGGCGAGGUCUACAAGGUCACCAACGACAUCGUCCUGAAAACCUCCCAGAUCUUCGAGCCCCCGUCGGAUGCCUCGUCCGCCCGGGCACGAUGGUCCUACGCCUCUGAGACUCUCUUUCACACGAGGGUCACAAACGACGAGCGCGCGGUUCUCACCAUCCUGCAAAAGCACCCGCACCCGCACCCGCAUAUCGCCGAGGCGAUAGACACGCACUAUCCGGAGGGCAUAUACUUCCGGAAAUAUAAGCAGCUCGGCGAAGUCGCCAUCCCAGGCCAGCAGGGUCGGAUCCGAUGGUAUGUGAAUAUUCUCGCCGCGCUAUCCCAUCUCCAUGGGAUUGGCAUUGCACACUCGGAUGUGCGCGUGGCCAAUUUGCUGUUUGAUGCAUCGGGACGCUAUGCGUAUCUGUGUGAUUUUAGCACGUGCAGCCCGUUUGGAAAGCCGAAUCUGGCCUAUCCGUACCCGGACUAUGAGCUGCCUACCGAUAUUGUGUCGACACUGGCGUCUGAAAAGACGGACCGGUUUAUCAUGGGGUCGCUUAUUUAUCAUCUGGAGCAUGGAGUGAAGCCCCGACUGGUGGCUGACCGGGACGGGUCUAUGGUGAUGCCGGACAUUCGAACUGGAAGCGAUCUUCUCGACCGCGUUAUUGAGAACGCGUGGCUUGGGCAAUAUAUAUCGACUGCGCAGAUGCUUGAGGACGUCAAGUCCCUUACGGCCGGAAUUGAUCCUGGGAGUCAGGACCUCAAUGCACAUGCAAGGUCAACGGAGUCUCUGCGGAUGUCGAUUAGGGAAUGGAGAGGAAAUCGCACUAAGCAAUAUGGUUGUGUACUACACGCACUCCCAUCAGAGCAGCACUUGCAGACUCUUGCAAAUCAGUAUAGCUGGGAUAAGGGUGUCGAAUCGCGGUUCAUCGGUUGCAAGUCCUAA